AUGAGGAUCCUAAAUGAACCACUCAUCCUGUGGAGCGUGGAUUUCUCCAAGAGCCGCAAGGGCUUCUCCCUGGUGGCCAUCGAGAAGGAGCUGGCGGCGACGGGAGUCGACGUCCAGAGGAACAAAAGCCGCAUCAAAGCGGCGCUUAAGAAGCUGGUCACCAACAACAUCCUGUGCAAGGUGCCUGGAGUGACUGGGGCUCCCGGCUCCUACAAGCUCUGCAAAGAACCAGGGGUCGGCAAAACGCAGCUCGUUCUGCAGCUGCCCAAGACCAAGGAGGCCAAGAAGCCGGCAAAGCAGAAGAGACAGGCAGAUAAAAAGCCGCUUGCCAACAAGGAGGCUAAAAAGAUCGAGAAGAAAAACAAAGGGACGGGGACAAAGCCCCCCGGGAAGAUAAGGAACGUGGCCGAAGGCAAAGGAGCUGGCAAGACUUCUGCGGCUUCCUCUGCUCGCGGGGCAAUGGCUCCCCAGCGGAAAUCUUAA